CAAACAAGACGAGGCGGCGGUCAGAGGUUAAAGUUGAAUCUAGUGAAAACAUGGUUGAACACGGGGAUAUCCGCGUGGUUCGCCGAGGUGGCAGUAAAAUAAACUUCAGGCAGCCUGUCAUAACCAACGAUUCGAGGUUGCUGUUGUGCGCCUCGGGACACAGCGUGAAAGUGUUCAGCACCUCCACGGAGGAGUGUGUGCACGAGCUGCGGGGACACACCGACCUGGUGACCGGUGUGGUGGUCAAACCCUCCAACCACCUGCAGGCCUACUCCUGCUCACUAGAUGGCACCAUCCGGCUUUGGGACUUCACAGAUGGCAUCCUUAUCAAGACAUACGAUAUUGGAUACUCGAUUUACUCCAUCCACACCUCUGCAUUCCACAAAGGGGUCGUCUUUACUGUUACUUCCACAAUAAGUGACAAGAAAUCUGAGUCGUUCCAGCUGGUCGCGGUGCAUCUUCCGCAGAGCGGAGAUCAGCUGGUAAAGGCCCCGGAGCUUUCUGCUGUGAUCAGUGACGUCAGUUCCAACCCGGGGGCCAUUGUCUUCGGCAGAGGGGGGGAAUAUAUUGCUUCAGCUAAUGGUUUGCAUCUGGAGGUCUUUUUCUUCAAGAAGCAGAAGACGUACAGGUUUUUCCUCAAAAAAGACACCAAGACGGGGGGCAAGAACACGUUCAUGUGUGUUGCCGCUCACCCAAAAGAUGACUGCAUCGCCACCGGCCAUGAAGAUGGCAAGAUUCGCUUGUGGAGAAACUUCAACCACCAGAAGGAGUACACGUACUCCACCUUGCACUGGCACAGCAAUGCUGUCAGCUCAAUGUGCUUCACACCAGAAGGCACCAACCUGUUGAGCGGCGGCGUGGAGUCGGUGCUCGUCCAGUGGCGUUACAACGACGUGAGCCAGCGGGACUUCCUGCCUCGCUUGGGUGCCGCCAUCACACACAUCGCCGUCUCACCCGACGGAGCUCUGUCCUGCACCUCACACAGUGACAACAAGAUUACCAUCAUCCAGGGCAUUAAGGUGUCCGCUGUCCUUCAGGGCUUGGUCACAGGAGAAAGUGUCGAGACGGACUUGAUGGUGGACCCACGCAGCAAAGCCUUGGUGCUGAACGGGAAACCAGGCCACCUGCAGUUUUACUCCCUCAAGAGAGACAAACUGCUGUACAACCUGGACAUCGUGCAGCAGGAAUACAUUCAUGAGUUGGGCCUGCAGCAGUUUAAGGUGGUUAAGGUGGCUUUCGAUGCCUCUGGCAACUGGAUGGCAACAGUGGAAGAGCGAAAACAGAAAGAUGCUGAGCAGGAGCUCAACUUGAAGCUGUGGGCUUUUGACGAGCAGACCCAGAGUUUUGUACUGAACACGACCGUCGCGGACCCACACGAGUCCCGGAUUACGGCCAUGUGCUUCUGCCAGGCCGCCGCCAGUCAGACCACCAUGCUGAUCUCCGCCAGCGAAGACGGACACUUCAAAGCCUGGCAGUUGCGCCGAUUAGCCCCCGGUGAGGACGACGGCCCUUCCUGCUUGUGUGACUUCGUCGGAGCGUACCGCGGCCUGGUGCCCCACUGCUGCUGCUUCUCGGCCGACGGCUCUCUGCUGGCCGUCAGCUUCCAGGAGGUGGUGACCGUGUGGAGCCCGGCUUCCUGGGAGCUCCUGGCUACUCUGUCCCAGCCGCCCAAAGCCAUCAGGAAUCUUUGCUUUGGGCGACUAAGCUGUUCCAAGUACCUGCUGGGAACCACCGACGACCACCUGCUCUGCUGCUGGAACCUCCUCACCUGCUCGUUGGAGUGGAGCACCUCGAUGGACAUCAGCUUGCUGCUGGGUGACCCCCUCACUGAGAACAUCGCAGCCUUCUGCUGCCACGCUGGAUCCACUGACUUGUUUGUGUUUAAGCCCAGCGAGCCUCGGCCCGUGUUUUCCCUCAAGGCCGUGUGCUCGGGGAAGGUCACGCACGCCGUCUUCGCCCCGAGGGAGGAGAUGCUGGAGAGCUGUGAGGAGAGCAGCCAGUGGCUCAACCACUCACAGCUGUACUUCCUCACUCAGUGCAUGGACCUCAUGACAUUCACCACUAAGGCGGAGGAGGAGAAACUGAUGGCGUCCAGCAAACAGCUUCUAAUCGAUGACAGUGUUGCCAUGACACCCUUCUACCUGUUGCUGGGGAAACACCGGAAAGGAGAAAGCGGAGCCGCUGCGAGCGGCGAGUCGGCCGGGAGGCCUCCUCUGCCUCAGGGCUCCGGGGCCGUCAAAGAGCUCCUGCGGACCCCCGCGCACGUUCUGCCCUCAACUUCUUUCCUCUGUUCGAUGUUUGUAAAGUCUCUGCUCGUCUCUGUCGGCGACGCCAGCGAGGAAAGUAAACCCGCAGAAGAGGAAAUGGAGAGUGAAAAAGAGGAAGAGGAUUCAGAGGGAGACAUGGAAUCCAGCGCCUCAAGACCGGAGCGCGGGUCACUUGCUCGUCGGUCGGCCGAGCCAGCAGCCCCCCCUCUAACCAAAGCCCAGCUGAGAGAACUGAGGCGGGUGAAGAAACUUGACCACAGCUGGCUCACAGGCCUCCUGCGCUCUUGAACAUGAGCGCGUAAGAAGACAUUCACACAGAUACAGGGCCUAAAAGUUUUUACCACCUUAAUGUUUUUUUUUAGUUUGUUUUUUAGUAGUUUGAUUUUCACACAUCAUCAGAGUGGAUUUCUUGCAAAGAACAAAACAAUGUCAACAUUUAAACAAAUCUUUUGGCAAUCGCACCACAGAAAAUAUUUGAGUGCUUCUUCUGGCAGCAAUUAGUCAUGAGUGGACGUUUUAUAUCGGGUUUCUCAUUCAAACAACUAAAACCUCUCCCCGCUUUCUGAGCGGAGAAGGUUUGACGGCGAUCUGGUGUAAACUGGCAGGUCUCUCCACAUACUUGAGACUACAUUGAUGUCAGUUAGUUGAUGACGCCUCUCCAGGACAUUUUUUUUUUUUUUUUUUUUUAUGUAAUAACAUUUCAUGUGAAAAUAAAUAUUUUUCCCCAUUCAGCAAAUUUGUCUUUCAGACUGCAGGUUUUCUGUGUAUCUAGCUGCCGUUGUGGGGGGCAAACACCAACAUGACACUUCACAGACCUCCACGAUACACGAGCUGUCAGACUUCUGCAUUCAUCAGCAGUUUGGACUCUUUUGUGAACCUGACUCCCUUUAGGACGCCAGCUGUAUAGAUCGCUUCACCGCGUUAGGCCCUUCAGUUAAAUGGCUGCCUGUGACUUGCAUAUUUCAUUUUCCUCCCCAGUUGCUGGAAUACGUUCAAAAGACAUUUUCAUUUAAGCCUCGUGUGGUUUUAAUUAUGUGAGGACCUCAUGUUUUAGUACAGUGUUCAUGCCAUAUUAAACUUUUUGUUGAACUCCGAGGAAGAACAUUCUCUGGCUGGCAAUCCGUUUUCCUCAAGAAGUGCCGUUUGACAAUAUAUUAUAUCAAGGGGCUUUAUUUUGAUGCUUCUAUUCAACGUUUCACUUCAUACGACUGUGUAGACGGUGGUUACUUUCUACUUUUUUUUCAUGCACAUGAAACACCUGUUACACACAUAAAAGAAACCAUGUACAAAAGAGAAGACCAGAUCCACUAGCAUUCAAUGUUUGAACCAGAAAGAGUGAAAGGGUGAGGGGGGGAAGUCUUCGAUAGGCACUGUAUGCAUACACACAUUUAAUUUUCCUUUUAUAAAUUGAAUAAACCAGCCUUUCCUAAAACUUGC